AAAAGAAGAUAAAAAGGAAACAUUUUGUUUCAUUUCAUUCAUUCUAAGAGAGAGAAAGAAACAUAAACAGACCCACAAAGAAUUAAAUAUAGUGUCUGUCACUAUUUUCUCAUAAAAAGAACUUGGCCUAGAGAGAAAAAAGGAGAAAGAGAAAGAGAAACAAGAGGUUUUUAAGAGUAAGUUCUUAGUCAUUACUACUUUGUGAUCAUGGAUGGAGGAGGUGAUGAUCAUCUCCACCAACACCACCAACACCAUCACCACCACCACCAUCGUCCUAUCGCGACUUUCCCUUUCCAGUUACUCGAGAAAAAAGAAGACGAAGCUUGUUCAAGCUCAUCCAACGCUGGGGCUGCUUAUACAACUGCUCUUGCCAUUUCAAACAUAGAUAGUGCUCAUACAAACCCUAAUAGUACACCUCGAUCAACAACUUCAUCAGCUUCCAGUCUCCAAAUCACAGCUUCUGGUGGUACUGAUAUAUCUAAAAAGCCGCCUCCAAAACGAACCUCCACCAAAGACCGCCACACUAAGGUUGAUGGUCGUGGCAGACGUAUCCGCAUGCCUGCGCUAUGUGCGGCUAGGGUUUUUCAGCUAACACGCGAACUCGGUCACAAGUCCGAUGGUGAAACCAUAGAGUGGCUACUUCAACAAGCGGAACCAGCAGUCAUAGCAGCAACAGGAACUGGUACAAUUCCAGCAAACUUCACGUCGCUUAAUAUCUCACUACGUAGCUCAGGUUCCAGCAUGUCCGUACCUUCACAGCUACGAUCUUCAUAUUUCAAUUCGAAUUUUUCACUCUCACAAAGACGAGGGCUAUUUCCUGGAAUUGGAUUGUCGACGGACACUUCAGCUACAACGUUGUUGAAUUUUCAGUCAGCGAACUUAAGCCCUAAUAUGCAGUUGCAAACAAAGCCUGAAUUGCGCGACAACUCAAUCGAUUUAACGGAGACGAGUGCAGCGGAUGAUAACUUAAGUAGGAAAAGGAGGUCUGAUUUAGAUUUGGAACAACACCAUCAGCAGCAGCAGCAUGCUGCUGCUGCUUUAUAUAGAGGUACAAUGCCAAGUGGAUUACAGUUUAUGAAUUUUCCAACUCCAGUAGCGCUUCUGCCUAGUCAACAACUAGGCGGAAGCAGCGGUGGUGGUGGCAGUGGUAAUGGUAAUAAUGGAUUGGGAGAAGGUCAACUAGGCAUGUUUGCCGGACUAAAUCCAUAUAGAGGUGGUGGUGGCGGUGUAUCGGAAUCUCAGGCGAGUGGGUCCCACUCGCAUCACGAUGAUCGGCACGAUACAACGAGCCACCAUUCAUAGCUAUAAUCAGAAUCAUCCAUUCUUUCCCAACUUGUGUUUUGUAAGUUUGGAUGUUUAAAGAGGUUUGAUUAUUUGCUCUAAAA